AUGGGUAGAGAUCACACUUCUAAGCAACACAUCAGAUCUGGUCACAGACAAGCACCUAAGUCAGACAACGUCUACUUGAAAUUAUUAGUUAAGUUAUAUUCUUUCUUAGCUCGUAUGUAUAUCGUUUAAUAAGGAUUCACCCAAAAGAAGAUGUUAUAAUAAACCACUCAUUUUACGGAAAUAAUGCUUGUGAAAACACAGCAAUCCAAGGAAGAAUUGAGAUGGAAUGAAGAUAAUGAAAUAUGGAAGUUUGGUGACGGUUGAAGACCCGAACAGACAUCGAAGCAGGCCCGAAAGGAGCCCGAUACAAUCUUACAUCAGUAGAGACACUGGUAACCAAAAGAUUCGGGCUCGAGUAGACCAACGAGGUAUACAAGUAGGAACUAGCUGACGGGUUUGAGGGAAGAGUAAACGUCGAGCCACACGCCCCAUGGAGAAGGAGUUUUGAGCUGGUGAUGCAGCGAAGACCGUUUCCAUGGGAAGCCAUUCUGCGAGUGCAUGGCACAAACAUUUAUUCUGUUAAAUGUGGUGUUUACUGUGCGUCUUCUGAGCAGAAAGAAGAUCCUUAUACUAACAUACCAUAGGUCGUACUGAUGCCCCAUUCAACAAGGUCAUCUUGAGAUCUUUGUUCUUAUCCAAGAUCAACAGACCACCAGUGUCUGUCUCAAGAAUUGCCCGUGCCUUGAAGCAAAAGAACGCCGGUGAAAAGACCAUCGUUGUUGUUGGUACCGUUACCGAUGACAACAGAUUGUUGGAAUUCCCAAAGGCCACCGUCGCCGCUUUGAGAUUCACUGCCGGUGCCAAGGCUACCAUCUUAAAGGCUGGUGGUGAAGCCAUCACCUUAGAUCAAUUAGCUUUAAGAGCUCCAAAGGGUCAAAACACCUUAAUUGUCAGAGGUCCAAGAAACUCCAGAGAAGCUGUUAGACACUUCGGUUUCGGUCCACACAAGAACAAGGCUCCAAGAAUCCAAUCCACCGGUAGAAAGUUCGAAAGAGCCAGAGGUAGAAGAAGAUCAAGAGGUUUCAAGGUCUAAGUUAGAUAGCUUAUGUACUUUUAUAAGACGUUUAGUCCUGACUCUCUUCUAAUUUCUUUUACGAACUCGUUAAUUUGUGUUUAGUGUAUAAUAUAAAAUAUAAGUUUCUGAGUUAAUGUACCAAGUAUAUUGCAAUUGGAAGCAUAGUGUUCCAGAAUGCGCAUAGAAUGUUUCGCUUGAUGUGAGCGAACUUACGUAUUUAUGCUACAUGCGACGGUCAGGUGUUAUCAUCAUUGAACGACAAUAUCCCCUUCAUGAUACCAAUAAUAUCUCCCUAAUCACUCGCCUCUAAUCACUCUUCUCUAUUUACUCAUAUCCUUUAACAUAUGGCAUCAUGGCACCUUACACCAAACCCCUAUACUCUAAAAGCAUCGCUCCAACAAACCCUCUUUUCCCUAUAUGUCUCUCCAUAUAACCCCUCCCAUAGACAGUACAAGUCUUGGUCCAUCACCUUGCCCUUCCUACAGACCCCGAUAGUCGAUACUAUACCAUUACCUUUUUGCAUCUAUUUGGCCUGGUCUGUGACUGCUUUUUAGCCCCUCCGCGUAAUAUUCAGCAUUCGUGUAAUUUACAACCCUAAAUAAAUUCGGUUACACAAAAAUGCCGGCCACUGCGAAAAAUUCUUACCCGUUCGGUCUUACUGCGUAGGUAUUGUCUAUGGAUACUGAAAAAAAAUUUUAAAACUAGACACUAAGUGCAAUUAUAUUUACUACCCAAUACAUAUAACUAAAGACAAUAUGCCAGGUGUUUCCGUCAGGUAAGUGUUGUCGUUACUAAGAGGAUGUUAAGCAAUGAUUGCCCAGAGAACAGAUGUAAAGUGGGUCAAAAGUAGACCAUUUUGAUAUUGAAAGACCCCAUAUUGAAGACAAUGAAAAGUGAAAUAAUAAGUCCAGAUGAUAGAAGAAGUACUUAAAGAAGCCGUCAGAGGUAGAGAUGCGUAGAUUGAAUGAAUGACGGUGGUUGGAAAGUGAUGGAGAACAAGUACAUAUGCCAGCGAACAGUGAGACUUUGGAGUGAAAAGUUUUUCACUAAUUAGUACCGCAGUGAAAAAGGCCGAAAAGCACGUAACGGGGCCGUGGGUGGAAAAUGGGGAUAAAUGGCAAAACAGGAGACUUGGAGACCAGAUAGACUAUGGGCAAUCAUUUGUUUGAAAUCUAGAUGAAUCAGAGAAAACUGAUAUACUAACAUGCAUUAUAGAGACGUUCCAGCUCAAGAGUUCAUCAACGCUUACGCACAAUUUUUACAACGUCAAGGUAAAUUAGAAGUUCCAGGUUACGUUGACAUUGUCAAGACUUCUGCUGGUAAUGAAUUACCACCACAAGAAUCUGAAACUUGGUACUACAAGAGAGCUGCCUCCGUUGCCAGACACAUCUACUUAAGAAAGCAAGUUGGUGUUGGUAAAUUAAACAAAUUAUACGGUGGUUCUCUUAACAGAGGUUUCAGACCACACAAGCACGUUGACGCUUCUGGUUCUGUUAACAGAAGAGUUUUACAAUCCUUAGAAAAAAUCGGUGUUUUAGAAAUUUCUCCAAAAGGUGGUAGAAAGAUCUCUGAAAACGGUCAAAGAGAUUUAGAUCGUAUUGCUGCUCAAACUUUAGAAGAUGACGAAUAA